UUGGAAUAGCAAAUAUUUAUCUCACCUUAAUGUUGUAACUUGUUUCCUUUUUCAGGCUUCAGAAAGGAAAAAAAGAGACUAUCCUGCAGAAAGAAGUAACUGAUGUGCAAAAUGAAAACUAACUUUUUGUUGGUCUUCUUUGGACUGAUUGCUGAAAUGUACAUAUCGAAUGGAAUAGCAGAAAAUUCAGGAGUGGAGGUAUCACGUAGCUUAGUGUUAAAUCUCUUCCCUUUCAAUGAUUCCGAUAAACAAUAUCCACGUGAUACUACUCAAAAGUCAUCUAGCGAAAGCCCCUCAUCAUUAGUCUCUUUGCACAAUUUCACAGAAAAAAUUAACAAUUUUGGAUUCAAUCUCUACCGGAAAAUUGCACUGCAGCAUGACAACAAUAUCUUCUUCUCCCCGCUAUCACUGUCUUUUGCUCUAGCAAUAUUCAUGUUGGCUUCAGAAGGGGAAACCCACCACCAAAUAAGUCAAUCUUUAAAUUUGCCGUUUAUGAAAGAAAAAGAAGAACAGUUUCUGACUUUGUUCCAACAACUAAGGCUUAAUAUCACCCAAAAUGAAGAGUUCACUCUUUCGCAGAAUAGCUUCUCUUUCAUCCAGGAAGAAUUUCAGAUCAAGGAUGCUUUCCAUAACUUGUCCAAGAAAUACUUUGACAUGGAAUUUUUGUCAGUUGAUUUCCGCAACUCUACUCUUGCCAAAAAAAUUGUCAACGAGCACAUUAAAAAGUACACAAGAGGGGUGAUCCCUACAUUGUUUCACACUUUUGAUCAGCAUGCUAAAAUCAUUCUACUGAAUUACAUACUAUUUCAAGGCAAAUGGCUACAUCCAUUUCCUGCUAAAUUUACAGAGCUGGAAACUUUCUAUAUAGACAAUUACAGGACUGUUCAAGUGCCAAUGAUGUUCAAAACAGACAAGAUUGCUUCCACAUUUGAUAAGACCUUGCAGUGUUAUGUGAUAAAGCUGCCAUACAAAGGAAGUGUGCAGAUGCUGAUUGUUAUGCCUGUGAAGGAAGCUGAUUAUAUGUUUGUUGAAGAUCAUCUAACCAAUGAGCUUGUGGAAUCUUGGCUUCAGACCAUGAAGAUCAGGGAAAUGGAUAUUUACUUUCCAAGCUUCAAACUAGAUCAGACAUAUCACAUGGAUCAGCUGCUUCAGGAUUUGGGAAUUAAGGAUCUUUUCUCUUAUAAAGCAGACCUAAGCCAUCUCACAAAUCAUAAAUUUGCAAAAAUAUCACAGAUUCUUCAAAGAGCCAGCAUUGAAGUGAAUGAGAAAGGAACAGAAGCUGCAGCUGUCACUGGAUCAGAAAUCAUGGCAUACUCUUUGCCUAAUACUAUGCGGAUAAAUCGGCCAUUCAUUUUUAUGAUAUAUGAAGAAAUUGCCAAGAUUGUAUUGUUUCUGGGCAGAGUUACUAACCCUACAGAACAAUGAAUUAAACAAAAGCUAGUAAUUUCUUUUUGAUGCACUCUCUUUUAGUGACAUACCCCCUCCCACUACCACAAGUCAACUACAUGUUAUACUAAGAACACAUUUUAAAUAUGAUCUCGCACUAACUUCUUAAUUUUCAGGAGAAAAAUAUAGGUAUGUGGAAAACAGGUAAACAUUUUCCUUUUUAAAAUAUUUUCACCAAAAAUUCCCUCCUCAAAACAAUAUAUAAAUAUAGCAAGCAGUAUCUUUCACGAAAAUUGAAUUAGAAUAAAAAUUUAAUGGAAGAAAUUACAUCCACACAAUCCUGUUUCCCAAAGCACUCAGCACUAAAAUAACAAAAAGGAGCAUGAUCAAAGAAGAAACUCCCACAUCCAUUAUUUAGGACAGGAGUCUCCAACCUUUUUGGACCUCAGGGACCACUAAAUUCAUAAUUUAAAUCCCGUGCACCACUAAUAUGAUCUGCCUAAUGAUUAGGUGGCCAUGGCUAAGUGGUCACAGCCAACUCAAUGUCACUCACGUCAAGGGGUGCCUCGCCGGCCUCUACACACCCUUCCCCUGUCAACCAUUCCUCGUUUCCCCGCCUGGGCUCCUUGGGCCCCAACAGGAAGCUGUUGUUGCAGCUAAGCAGCCACCAUGAGAAAGAGUUGGCAAAACAGCUCAUUUCAAAUUGGAUCAGAUCAAGGAGGAGGCUUAGCAGAAGCACCUCACUGAAGACUAUGAUCAUAGGCUUUCCAUGCAGAAGGAAGACCUGUGGGAGUGCAAGGCCAGGUACCGGUGCCUGGAGGCUCAGUGGGCUGAGAAGGUCAGUCAGUUCCAGGCCAUAAUGCAGUCCCAGUGGAACAAGCCCCUCCAGCUCUUCCCCACCAGUGGCUCUCCCCUCCAGCCUUUGCCCAAAGCCCCACACCAGGAGGCUGAAGCAGACCCCAAGUCGGAAUUUCUGCCCCUCUCCGAUCCACACAAAAAGAUACCAAGGGGGGAGAUUCUCUGCAGCAACACAAACAUUGCUCAUACCGACCUAGGAGCUGUAGUUUGAAGAUCCCUGAUUUAGUGCAAUAUAAAAAAUGCAAAUAUUUUUUCUGCGGACCACCAAACUUUUCUCAUGGACCACCAGUGGUCCAUGGACCACCAGUUGGUGACCGCUGGUUUAGGAAAUAUCUUCAUUCAGACAAAACAAUUAUUAA